AUGCUGGAAAUCAUGCCCUCUUCUAAAAUCGACGAUGGAUCCGCCAGGCUGAAAAAAGCGGUCAAUAAGGAACUGUUUAUCGCCCGAUGUCGCAACCGAUUGCAAGGGAAAAAGAAUUUGAAGAAAUACCUCCCCGAACGGUUCAGCUUUCUGUACCAGUUUCUGUGGAAUCAAAUGCCCUCCAACAUCUACGAGAACAUCGUGGGAAAACUAAACAAAUCCGAUCAAGAAUUCAAAACCAAAGUCAUCAGCUCGAUGGUACCAGAUGAAGUUUUGUACAACCCAACGAACUACAAAACCACCAAAUUCAUGAGCGCCGUAAUGUUUGUGGAUGUUUCCGGUUUUACCGAUCUGUCGGAACUGUACAAUACUCCCGGAAAAGGCGGUGCCUCAAAGUUGUCUCAAGUUCUCAAUGCAUACCUCGGAGGAAUAGUACAUGAAAUUUUGAGUCACGGUGGGGAUGUCCUUAAAUUUUCCGGUGACGCCAUGUUGGUGCUCUUCAAGGCAACUGCUUCCGUGUCUUUACCGGAUGCAAUCCAUCGAGCGGUUGAUACUGCGAUAAUGAUUCAACUUUCAUUUGGUCGCUACAAGACGGACGUUGGCGUGAUGCUUCAAAACAAGAUCGCAAUCUCAGCUGGUGAGGUGCAUUUUUCGCUGGUGGGAACAGAAACUUUUUCACACUACGUCGUCGUCGGGCAUCCCGUGUGGAAGGUGAAGCUCGCGGAAAAGAUCGCACUGGCAGGGGACAUCAUAAUCACACACUAUGCAUGGAGCUUCAUGCACGAUAACGAAUAUGUUUCGGAAUUGUGCCCGGAUAAGACACAUCUCAAGGUAAAAGGAUUCACCAGCUACUGGCGUUCGACAAAGCGGUUGAACUUUGCAGAAGGAACAUACCGGGAUAAUGAGGAAAGCGAUGAGCCUUCGGAAAAGGACGAUACAAUAAAAAUCAACAAUGAAAUGCUUGCCAUUCGUCCGCGACUGAAGUACGUUACAAAUCACUUUGUGGCGUCAUCGUUGCAAAAGUUUCUCAUAAAACCGGUACUAAACGCAGUCGAAAAUAAUGAAUCACUUGAGCUGCUAACUGAAAUGCGCCAAAUCGUGACUGUAUUUCUGAAUAUUGUACUACGACCAAGGGAUGUCGUUGAGAUUAUUAAGAACAUUAAUUCCAUCUUUACUACGGUUUGCGAUAUCGUUCAGAGCUAUGAAGGCAUCGUGAAUAAGGUAUCUCUAUUCGACAAGGAUGUAAUGUUUCUGAUAAUCUUCGGCUUACGUGGCUUAAAGCACGAAAUGGACAGCCAGCUUGCGCUGCACUGCGCGUGCGAAAUACAGGAGAUGUACGCAAAGAAUCCUUACAUAAUUUCUGCCUCGAUUGGUGUCACCACAGGCACUGCUUAUUGUGGCAUUGUUGGGCACACCGUACGUCGAGAGUACUCUGCGAUCGGUGUCGACGUCAAUAAGGCAGCCCGUUUAAUGAUGGCCUAUCCGCAUAAGGUGACGUGCGAUAAGACAACGUUUAUGAUGAGCAAGCUGGAUCCGGCUCACUUUACGCUGCAAGAUGCCAUCCAGCUUAAAGGGCUGCACAAUGUAGGACCCAUUUAUGAAUAUCGUGAAUUUAUUGCGGAACGUGAACUCCUGAAACCGAUGGUUUACAACUACCCGUUGGUCGAUCGGGAUCAAUUUUUCGAAAUCUUUCAAGAAAUGAUCGAAGACGCUCUCAUGAUCGCUCAACAAACAACGCAAGGUACUCGAUCGGAGUUGCCCAAGAUGCAGUGGUAUCAAAAUUGCCUUUUGAUACAAGGAAAGGCACAAAUGGGCAAAACUCGAUUGGCAAACGAGUUCUUCUACAUUGCACUUCGCAACAAGCAUAUUAGCUCGCUAUGCUUUUCAUUAAGCUUGAAGGAUUCGAAGGUGAAGACAUGUGGUGUGGAUUAAUGUGACUAAUGAACAGUGCUAAUUUACAUUGUUCGAUUUUACCUUCAGAAACCAUUCUUUGCAGCGAGCCUUUGUUUAUCCAGACCUCUUGGUUUCACCGAAACUAUAACGACCAUCACGAGACAAAACCGAAUAAAGCAGUAUCUGCGAGAGCAUGGAAUGGAACAACAUUUGUCACUGUUAAACGAAAUCCUUGGCACCAAUUUCAUAGAAACUGAUGCUACAAGUGCUUUGCUUCAGACGGAAAGGGAUUCAGUGAGGAAGGAUUUGUUUAAAUACAUCUGCCAAAAGACCUUCCAAAAUCUUUGGGUGUUGAUCAUUGACGAUGCGGAAUUCAUAGACGACGAGUCGUUCGAUUUGUUCGAAAUCCUCUGGGAAAUGCCACAAAUCAUUACCGUCCUAACGGUGGGCAACCAGAAGCGGCAUAGCCCAGCGCGCGUCCGCAUCCUUGAUAGUCCCUACGUAUGCCAGGUAAAGCUGCCACAAAUCGAAACGCUGCUGCACAAAGCGGUGGCGUGUCAGUUUUUGAACGUUAAUGCUAUUCCUCUGGACCUGGAAAGACACUUGCAUACCCUUAGCAAUGGAAACCCUGGAUGGAUAAAUACGUUCCUGCUAUGCUUACGUCAGAGUGGCAUCCUACGCAUCAAGCGUAUGGGUUACAGUGAGGCACAGGCGGAAGGUUACGUGUUCUGUGAGUCAGCGUUACUGCAGCGAGAUAGUAUGAAAUCAUCCAGCAGCACUUACCGGCCAAGCCUUUCCGAUUGGCGGCUUUUUGAGUCCUCGUUCGAGAUAGACGACUCGAUGCACUACAACAAAGAUCAACCAGCUACUCUGUUCAACAAGAUCGUAGAUGUCGCUUAUUUAACGAGCCCGGUCGAUACGAAGGACUAUCAAUCGUCCCAAAAUCAGGAAGCGUUCAAUCUGAUGCUGUACGACUCGUUAUCUGCGUUUGAGCAGCUCGUAUGCAAAUGUGCAGCAUUUUUGGGGCAGAAGUUUUUGCGCGCUUCCCUGAUGUACACGAUGGCGACUGAGAGCGAAUGGGACGUAGCUGUUGCAAUGAAGAAGCUGUUCGACCUUCAAAUCGUAUCGUGCGCCAUCGGGGACUUUAGCGAUGGCUUCCGGUUGGCACAGAAAAACGUGAACAGCGACUGGUUAGGUCCUAACGAGUGUGCUUGUAUUGCGCUAGAUAUCGGUCGAAGUUGUAAAGAUUUGCCAAAAUACGCUGUUUGUGGGUAUUCAAAAUUUAAGUCCAGUGAAUUUCACAAAACGGUGUACAAUUUGGUCACAGAAACGCAGAAAAAAUUGUACCACAGUAAUGCGUUGGAGUUUAUUGAAACUGAAGCCAAAAAGUGCAACUCGUGCGGAGGUACACCUUUCAAGAAUUUGUUGAGCACCGAAGAGACGUAUGAGAUACAAACUGGUUGUCGACGUUCGGAGUUAUCCGAUGUACAAGAAAUUUUGAAUCAACAGAGCACAAGUAGAUUCUCAUUGUACUCCUCACAACAAUCCACGAUUUUCGAAUGCUGUGAUCGUCGUGUCAAUCCCUCACGCCAAGCACCCGUUCUAAGUUACGGGGCAUACAGUUUCACCUCGUGCAACUGCAAUAUGAUCCUGUAUACCGUGUUCAGUAAGAUAGUGCGGCAUAGCAAGGGGGCCGGAAUGGUAGAGAAGUGCAUCGAGGCCAAAAUAGAGUGGGCGAAGAUCUGCAUUAAGUUGGGAAAUAUUCCUAAAGCCAUCGCCAUUCUCGAUAAAGUUCAAAAGAUGAUGACCCAAAUUAAUACAACGGAAAACAUUGCCGUGGCUACGUAUUUAAAGGGGCGUAUGUACACCAUGAUGGCGAAAGGAAAAUUCCACCUGGAGCAGUAUGAUCGGGCGUUGAAGAUGUACUAUAAAGCUGCCAAAACUCUAGGCAUGAGUUUUCCUCGCCAACGGUUUCUAGUACGCUUGAAGAGCUCUUAUUUUCUAGCCGCGGUGAAAAGGAUAUUAGAUCCUUCUAAAGUCGAAAAGCGCCCCCACAGGAAAGGUCUGUUUUACAGCUUGAUCGUGUCACAAAUAUCCAGUUGUUUUAAUGGAAUGCACAAACUGUUCGUAAGAAUGAACGACUGGGACCGUGCAGAAUUGGCGGCUGUUUGGGGUCUGAAACAUGCCCUACGCUACCGGAAAAGUAGCGGGGUUUUAGUCAAGGCAUUCGCAAACUUUUUCCUAACAGCGUACCAUGCAGGGUUCUCUGAAAACAUCGCCUGGAUCCAGGAACAAUCACUGGCGAUAGUCGCAGAAAAUGUUCACAGAGUCGACGCGGACUAUUUGAAUGCUGUGGUUCGUUACUACACAGCGCUCUUUCUCUGUCAGACAUUGCGAUCCAAAAAGUUGCUCUCGAUCGAGCUCGGUAAGGUAGUGCUACAGAUCACCGACAGAUUGCUACACCAGUCUGACGAGUGGGUCAUAACCCCUAUCCUGUGCGAACUGCUCCUGUCCAACCGGCGCAUCGCAGAAACGGUGCAAACACUCUGGAACUUGCAAAAACUGAUCCUCAGCAAUCAUUACCGCACCGGAGAUAUCUGGUACUACGCGAUAUCCCUUGACGUGCUGCUCGACACGAGCUGCUGCAUCGAGUCGUACCAGCGGUGUGAAAACUUUUACUUCAAAAACCGCGAAUCCUUCCUGGCUCAAAAGUACGGUUUCGCCAGCGCGCGCCUCUUCGCGAACCUGUGGCUCUGGUGCGUACGAUACGGUGCCUGGGUUGCGGCCGACAACUGGCUGUCACUGUUGCGUGAACAUUUCGCCCUGACCGCGUACGAUUCCACCAUCAACAUCAACACGGCCAUCCGGAUCGUAGAGGGCAUGGUUCUGACCCUGAUCUAUCACAUCGAGGCGCGCAACACCGUGCUGAUCCGGCGUGUACGAGCUGGCAUCGAGGCGCUGCUAGCCAGCAUAGAGCAGGCCCUUGGAAACAACAAAAAUCACGUGGCCAAGUACGAGCUGAUGCGCAUCUACUACCGGCAAGUGGUGACACCGGACCUUGCAGCUACCAACCGAGCGCUGGCUGCCGUGGCCAAGCGAGCCCAAAUGCGAAACGAUCAUCUCUGCUACGAUCAUGUCAAGCAUACGCUCAAGUUUUGGCAACGUGAACUGACGCCGGCGCUGGAAACCUUCUGGUUGGAUCACGCUGCCGGAAGUGAUCGCGUUCAUAGUGACGGUGCGGGCCAGAACCAGAGCUUCAACGCCGGCUCGUCGUUCGAGAUCGGCAACGAGCAGCUGUACGAUUAUGCGAGCUGUAUACUGAAUCACGAACGAAUCUAUCCUUAUUCAAUGCCAUUGCCAAGAGCUCGGUUCCGAUGA